ACACACACACACACACACACACAGAGGAGAGCCCUUCUGCCCAGUUGUGGACAUUGUCCUCAGCCUCAGCAGGGCAUCUCAGACAAAUCCGCUCUUAGUUGCAGGUGGUCAGGCGUGAGCAAAGAGUUAAGUCCGGGGGUCCCUCUGCCCCUCCUCUUUGAUGUCCUGACAUCAUCGGCCCUGCCCCCUAAAAGAACUCUCCCUCCCCCCCAAAAAAAACACUCUUCCCACUUCAGUGUAGUCCCAGAGCGCAAGGGAGAGAGGAGUGUUUCAACACAGUUCCUCUUCAGGACCAAGAGUUCGGAGCAGAGCCCUGGACACCCAGAACAACUAACCAGCACAUGAAAGGACAACCAAAAAUGCUUAAGUGAAGAUCAAAAAACUCCAUCUUGGGACGGUUGUGGAGUGGAUAUGGUGUGUUUAGGAGCAGGUGUUUGCUUGUGAGCAGCUCGAGCGGGAGAGAAGCAAUGGCUGUUCAGGCCGCCAUCAUGAACUCGCAGUUCCUGAAUUUCUGCUUCCCGGGCUCAGUGAUGGAGUUUGGCAUGGAGAAGGAUCUGGAGGGAGGCCUGCUCUGCGACACUGACCGGGACGAGGGCGACUUCCGGGAGGCCACGCGGGAUCUGCUCAGCUUCAUCGACUCGGCCUCCAGCAACAUCAAGCUGGCCUUGGACAAGCCAGUGAAGUCCAAGAGGAAGGUGAACCACCGCAAGUACCUGCAGAAGCAGAUCAAGCGGUGCACAGGGAUCAUCGCUCCCAGCAGCCCCCCUCAACAGAGCCCAUCUCAGGCCACCCCCCAGGCUCCGGACCUGGCCAAGAGGCAGGGCUCACCACUGUCUCUGCAGCAACAACCACACCAGCAGCACCAGCAGCAACAACAGCAGCAGCAGCAGCAGCAGCCUGGAACUUUCCAGGGCAAAAUGCCACCCAAGAGGGAUGGGGUGCAGGCCAACCUCCAGAGCAAAAGCCUGGCUGCCCUGUUCAACUCCGCAGCCAAGGACAACCGAGGGGAGCGGGCCAAGAAGCCCCCCCUGCGCCACCGCAACCUGCCCCCCUCUUUCUUCACCGAGCCGGUGAACUUCCCCAGGGUCACCUCCACCUCCGGCAUGACCCUGAAGGACCUGGAGCGGGGCAACCCGGAGGCGUCCGAGUUCUUCGAGCUCCUGGGGCCGGACUACAGCAACAUGCUCCUGGAGCAGGACCUCUUUCAGAACGGGCCUGGCUGCCUCGCCCGGGUCCAGCAGGACGUUUCGGCGGCGGGGCUGGAACCGGUGUCUUACGACUCUCCGCAUUACGUCACAGGUGGGUUUGUGUAUGCCGAGCCGUGGACUACUUGCGUGGGGCCUCCGAAGAAGGUCGGGGAGGGCAUGAGGACAGGCCCAGAGGGACAGGCUAGCGUGUACAGCCCCUCAGACCCAUCGGCCCCAGUGGCCCUGGAGGACAGCUCCUCGUGCACCCUGGCCUUCCCUCCCUUCUUCACAGACUGUUCUAGCUCACAGGUCCCAUAUGACGGGAGCCUCACCGGUGGGUACGCCCGAGGCAGCUUCUCCUCUUUAUAA